GCCCCCAAUAUGGGCGCUGUGGCGGUAGCGAGAGGAAUGUAGUAGUCGGCGAAAGAUUAUUUGAACACAACCCAAUAAAUUACAUUGUUUUUUUUAUAGCUAGGACUGGAUUAUAAAGACUUUAAAUAGAUUCCGUAUUCAUCCAUAUCUAAAAUCACCCGUAACAGACCACGGUUUUGUCCCGGCAGAGCCAGUCGCGCGUCUAUUUUGGUUCCUACUACACAAGCACAGUGUCGGAUUGCAUGAAGCUUUUAUAUUCAUAAAGACUUGAAUAAUGUCAACGACAUCGCUGGACAGAGAGCUGCAGGAGAGAUUAAGAGAGGCCUGUGCAAUCGGAGACAUAGACGAGGUGAAGAAUUUAGUGGAGAGCGGAGUAAACAUCAACUCUCAAAAUGAGAUUAACGGAUGGACAUGUUUGCAUUGGGCCUGCAAGAGAAACCACAAACACAUAGUGGCGUAUCUUCUGAACGCCGGAGCCGACAAAGAAAUUCUGACUGCGAAAGAGGAAUUAGCCGUUCAACUCACUUCCAAGCCUGAAAUCAGACGACUACUCGGAGUGGAAGAAGAGGAUGUUCCCGAAGUGAAAGAACCCGAGCUGCCAAUCAUCCCGAACUAUCUUUCCAACCCGCCCUUCCUGUACAGCAAGAUGGAUAAAAACAAUCUGAGCAUAGCACAGCAGGUGUCGCAGAACGGCAUCAACAUUCAUUCAGAUCCUCUGGAGUCUGAACCAGCAACCCUGUCCCCGACACAAGAGCAACAACUUCCAACCCAACAUCAACAGCCGAAGAGUCUUUACACAGACAGCCCGAGCCAGCAGGAGUUACCCUACAUCCCCGUCGUGGAGCAGAACGGCGUAGUGCCGAGCCCUGUGGUCAACGGAGGUCUGCCAAUGGAGCUCUCCCCAGAGACUCAUCACGCCAACCACCAUGAGUUUUCUCACACUCAUGCUAUAGCACAGAACGGGCCAGUGUGUCCAACGCUUCCUUCCCCCAGCGGGAACGCCACUAACCAGCCCCAGGUUCCCAACGGCACCAUUACCCGUCAGCAGUCCAUCCCCCAGCAGAUCAACUGCUCCCAGCUCAGCGGCUCUGUGCCGGCCUUCCAGCCCUUCUUCUUCACCAGCACCUUUCCAGUUAAUGUUCAAGAGUUGGUAUUGAAGGUACGGAUCCAGAACAGCACCGUUAGAGAGAACGACUUCAUCGAGGUGGAACUUGACAGACAGGAGCUGACGUACCGCGCUCUCCUCCGCGUGUGCUGCCGCGAACUGGACAUCAGCGCCGAGCACGUGGAGAAGAUUCGCAAGCUGCCCAACACUAUGCUCAGAAAGGAUAAAGAUGUGGCAAGACUCCAGGACUUCCAGGAGCUGGAGGUCGUCCUGGAGAAAAGCGAAAGCUUGUCACUGUUCUCCGGAGGUCAGGGGAGUUUGACCGAUCGGCCCUGCUACAACAUGAAGGCUUCCCGGCUCACCUACUAGCUUCAUAUUCGUGCUACUGUACAACAAACUGACUCACUGUUUAUCUGGGACCUGCUUCCUUAAAUCCUGAACGCUUUACUCAAUUCGUUCACAAAAUGUGCUCCCGCCUACUUCCCAUUUGGGUCCCUAAUACAUAAGAGAGCCUUAUCCCAACCUAUUUACACAUUCCCGUUAUUCAUUAACAAAUGGAUCCUCAGUGCCUCCUCCAGUGCGUUAUAUAUGCUUUUAACAGGUUUAAGUCUGGAGUGCGAGCUAUUCCCAUUGCCUCUCAGUGGGCCAAUUUGAAUAUUUAAAUUUAUUUAGUUCAUGACCAGACUUAUAUUCAAAUCCACAACUUUUGCAUACUUUCCGGCCCUGGGACGGGUUUGGAUCCGUCUCACAACCUUGCCUUCCUAUCAGGUCACUGUGCAAGUGUUGGUGCGUUCCUUCAACCCCGAUUGGUCGACUGGUCGUCCACAGUCCUGUCUCGGGGAUGCUGGCCAAGUGUGUUUCUUGAUCCGUUAUUGGGGUUUUCUGCUUGUUUUGUUUAGGGGAAGCCACAUUAGAUUUAUUUAAAUGCGCAAAUGCUUUGAUAUUAAGACCUUGUUUUGUUGCCAGACAGCUCGCUGUGCACUUUAACCAAAUCUUGCCAUUAUUUGGGAGGUUUCUUUUUUUAUUUGAUUAUAAAGAAAUUCAGUGCUGUAUGUCAAAUGCUGUUUAAUAAGUCCAUGUAAGCCAAAUAACUUGCAGGCUGUUUUAGCACAGACUGUUUUGGAUGAAUGAUCUUGUAUGAAGGUCAAUGUCCCUAAAUAAUGUAGCAAAUUAUUUUCCCCCAAGAAAAGAGCUAAAUAAGAUAUAAAAUAAUAUUGAACCACAGAGAGCUUCCAUUGAUUUUAAUAUUGACCUCUUUUGAGUUUGGCUCUGUGAAUUGAAGAUGCUUAAUUCUCACAUAUUGAUAAACAAGGUGUGUGUUUCGAGAUAUAGCAGUAACAGUAGUGCCAUCUAUAAGCUAAUACUGCAUUCAACUUUUUAAGAUUAGAUUUAGAGGAGAUGCAUAAACACUACAUUGUUGUAAACUAGUUUUUCGACUUGAUAGAGAUUGUGUUAAUGUAAGAACAAUACUCUGAAGUCAUCAUUUCUAAAGAUUUGUCUUAUAAUUACAAAGUUUUUGUAGUUUUGUUGGCGGGUUCGGCUUUAACCAUAUAAUAUUAUUAUUAUUAUUAUUAACAUUUGUUAACACUGCUUGUGUUGUUUAAAGUUAACAUUAGCUGCAUAUGUUAACUUUGAAAACGCAGACUUUUUAUGUGCAAUUUUUUAGUAUGGUAUAAUACUAGAAUUUGAGAAUUAAAGGAAGUAUACACUUUAGUUAAAAUGAAAUCAUCUCUAUUUUUAUUCCUCCUUUUAAUCGAUUGCACAAUUGAAUUCCCGGGAGUUUAUUUUAAGUUUUUAUGUCUGUGAACAAUUAAGUUGGUAAAGAAGUUUACUUGUAACAAAAUUUAUUAGACAGGUUCUAGAAGUCAAAUACAAAUCGACUCGGUCUAUGCAUUUUGAUUCCAGAUAUUUGUGUUAAAUGUAAUUUAAUUAAAAUGUGCAUUAUCUUUCCUAAAAAUCAUGUACUACGAUCUAAAAAAUGCUGUGUUAAUUUUAGCCCAGCAUUGGGUCAAAAAGGGACAAACCCAGAAAGGAAAUUUUUAUAUUUGACCCAACAAUGAGUUAAAACAAACCCAGCAUUUUGAGUUGAAAUAACCCAGCACAUAUUACAACAUAAUGGGCUGGGGUUGUUUCUUUUUACGCUGGAGCAAAAGUUUGCAAAAUGUCAAUGCACCAUGCCAUUGCUAAACAUCACCAAUAGAGGACAGGCUUAAACUUGUGUCCGAGAUGAGAGUGCUGAACUAAUAGGAGGAACAGAGCUAUGAAAUCUUAAAUGCUAAAUUGUUUUCACCCUGGGUGGGGUCAAAUAUGGACAAACCCAAUUGUUGUUCAAAUUUAUCUUGACUUUUCUAUAUCAAUUUUCACCAAGUGGUUGGAUUUGUUGAUAUUUUACCCUAUCGUGGGAUGAAACAACCCAUUAUUUUAAAGUGUAGUGUUUCUCUAGGGCUCUACAGCAGCCAGAGAGAUGAGGAUUCAGAGAGAAUAUUAGAUUUUAUAUUUUGUUAAAGUUUUUAUGGACUAAUGUAACACGGAUUGGAUCAAUGAAAAAUAAGUGUGCAAAUGUCAAAGAGUCCAGGACAUGCUGAGACUUACAACACAAGAUUAUAUAGUACAAAAGGGCCAAAUAAAAACAUUAAAUGCUUGCGUUUACAAGUUACAUUUGUAUUUAUCAUGCAAGUUACAAAUUAUUAUUAUAUUUUACAUAUUUAGAAAUCUGCUUCACACACAAACUGGUAAGUAAGAAUUUGAUUAUCUUUGGUGAUUCUGUAUUGGAAACAAUAAUUUCAAAGUUUGAGAUUUUGGUUGGUAAUGAAUCACAGGAGUUUCCAAUACAUUUUUUUUUUUUACAAAUAACUACAUCAAGUUUACAUUUUCUUAAGCAGUUUAGGGUUAAUCGACCUCUCAGA